AUGUCCGAAAUCAAGCUCCAAAGUUCCGACGGCCGCGACUUUAGCGUCGACGCCAAGGCUGCCAAGAUGUCUGAGACCAUCAAGAACAUGCUCGAGGACCUUGGCGGCGACGAUGACAUGGCCAUCCCCCUGCCCAACGUGACCGGCGCCAUCCUCGAGAAGGUCAUCCAAUACUGCCUGCACCACAAGGACGAUGUUGCCAAGCCCGAGGAGGACGAGACCAAGGCCAAGAAGCAAGAGGACAUUGACUCGUGGGAUGCCGAUUUCUGCCGUGUCGACCAGGGCACCUUGUUCGAGAUGAUUCUUGCUGCCAACUACCUUGACAUCAAGCCUAUGCUUGAUCUGACCUGCAAGACUGUUGCCAACAUGAUCCGAGGCAAGACCCCCGACGAAAUCCGCAAGCUCUUCAACAUCAAGAGCGACUUCUCCCCCGAAGAGGAAGAGCAGGUCAAGAAGGAGAACGACUGGUGCGAGGAAAAGUAGAAAGAGCCGCCACUUUUCUCGAGUUGACUUUUUUCUUUUUCUUAGCUGUUGCGUUUGUUGCUUGUCGGUCGUUGCCCUUUGUUUGAUAGCCGUACCACAUUUAAGUACACUGCGUUAAUUUUCGUAAUUUUCGUCGU